CGCAAAAUGGCUGCGGAUAGUAAUAUUUGUCGGUCUAUCAAGUCAGUCUUGGAGAAAAUUAGUAUUGCAAGCAGUAAAAGGCCAGAGGUAAAUGAAGGAAAGGGGCACCACGGUCCAACAGAAGCUUUCACCGCGCUUAGUGGCAGUUAGCAAAACCAAGCCAGUUGAUGCCAUCAUUACUGCAUACAAAUGUGGACAGCUUCACUUUGGGGAAAACUAUGUCCAAGAGUUGCAAGAAAAAGGUCACGAUGCAAAGAUCCUUGAGCAAUGUCAAGAUAUAAGAUGGCAUUUCAUUGGCCAUCUUCAGAAAAAUAAAGUCAACAAGGUGUUAGGUGUGCCCCACCUCUACAUGCUGGAGACCGUGGACUCGGUGAAGCUGGCCCAGGCUGUGAGCAACUCAUGGGAGAGACUGACGAAGCCAGGGAGACUGAGAGUCAUGGUCCAGGUCAACACCAGCGGAGAACACAAUAAGAAUGGCUGUGCCCCCGAGUCAGUGUGUGAAUUAGUACAGUAUAUACGAGAGAAGUGUUCCUCUCUCGACCUGGUAGGGCUUAUGACUAUUGGAGCCUAUGACUAUGAUCUCAGUAAAGGGCCAAAUCCAGACUUCCAGUGCCUGGUUCGGUGUAGGGAGGAGGUGUGUGAGAAGCUCAGACUACGGCAGGAAGACAUGGAGCUCAGUAUGGGGAUGUCGGGAGACUAUGAACAUGCUAUAGAGAACGGCAGCACCAACGUGCGUGUAGGGAGUACUAUAUUUGGAGCACGGUCGUACCCUAACAAGGGAGAUAAGACUGACGGAGCUGUGCCUGAUGUUGCCAACGGUUUUGCCGAUUCAUAGCACUUACUAGGGUGUUAGACUGGUAUCGGUGUAUUGUAUCUAUUUAAUGAGUAAAACAAGGACCUACUGGAUAGAAAAGUCACUGCAAAAACACAACACAUUAAGAGAGUAAGACAUGAAAGUCAAGGGGACCUCAUUUCCAACUGUUGAAAGUUAAAAACUUAGGGAACGUGGAUUCAAAUACCAUAGACUCCAUCUUGUUUCCUAGCUGACGAGUCAAUAUUCAUCAUGUGACAAGUCAAUACUGAUCAUGUGACGAUUCAAUAUUCAGUGUCAGUCACAUGAUUUGGGGGUCUACAUUGAAAUGUAUUGUUUUGUCACAUGAUACGGAUUAACCAAUGGAAUUGCAAGAUUCUUAAUAGACUAUUGAUGCUUAGAACUUUGGCUUGAAAGUUUUAUUUUAGAAUGUGAGUCCACAUGAAACAGGGAUGAGAAUCUUCCGGGGAUCUGCAAAUUUCCACGAAUUUAGUGACCACAAGUUUGUUAAAUAACUGAAUAUUUAGGCGCUGAAUAAAUUUGAAAAUGUUACACAUUUUGACAGUAAAAAAUAUACACACUAUCAAAAAGCAAUGCUCAGGUGAAAUAUUUACUUUGUGUUGCAAGUC